CUUGGGCUUACAAUAGUCAACAACUUUAUUACUGUCGAAUUGUCAUCGGGUACAGAACAUCUUUUUCAUCACAAAGUGUAGUUGCGAUCGGAUUUGGUCAGCAUAAAAGUGAAAAAAAUUGGAAACCAUUUAUAAGAUUUUCCAGACGGCCAACUUUCACUUCAUUAUCGAUUUGGGUUGUAAACGAGAGAGAGAAAAAGAAGGGUAAAAAGAAAUGUCUGGAAUCUGUGGUGAAGUAUUUGUUGUGCUGGCUCCAGUUACCGAAUUGAAUCAAACUAUCAUUUACGGUCGGAACGGGCUUCGAGAGCCACCUUCUGAUGAGUCUGUGGUUACCGAAGUUCGCUACUAUUCAGCAUCCGAUGACAGCGGAUCAUUGAAAUGUGAUUCGAUUGAAAUUGACGCCGUAGCAACUUUAUCUGUGAUUUUGAACCAAUCAGCCGGCUCGUGGGGAGCGGAAUGUGGCUCCAACGAGAAAGGUGUGUGUAUAGGAUUGACAUUCAGCGAUGGCCAUCCAAUCGAUGGCAAACUCAAUGCGACCGAUUUAGUUAGAUUGGGAUUAGAACGAGGAACCAGCGCACCAGAUGCUAUCGACGUUAUUACUACACUCAACUCUGCAUGGGGACCUCAGGGUGAAGAGAAAGAAUCUGCCAAAGCUGCUUUUGUGAUUUGUGAUCCCAGUGAAGCGUGGUUACUGAACAUUGUUGGGAGUUUUUGGGCAGCUCAGAAAAUUUCCACUAAUAGUUUGGCUAUCAAACCGGGACUAUCAGUUGGAACACAAGUUGAUCGUAGCUCAGAGGAUUUGCAAUCAAAGCUUCAAGCAGCAGGUUUAUGGGACGAAUCAAACGAACUAAACUUCAGUGCCGCAUUUGGCGCGGAACCUGCGACUUCUCUCUGGCCUUGGGACGAUAAACAACCCAACGGAUCCGGUUCGUUUGGAUUGCUGGCGAUGUUUGAAUCGCUGAGAAGAGCUGGUACUGAAAAAACAUCUCUCUCAAGUCAUGUUUCCGUACUUUCGAGCAAUGGGGUGUCUUGUCAUUGGGUGACGGCCACUCCCAAUCCACUAGAAUCGGUUUUUAAACCAUUCAUUUUUACUUCUGGAGUAAAAAUUUCCCCUCUAACCAAAAUUCUCGAAGGUGAAAGUAAAACUUUGCUUCAUAAGCUACAUGAAAAUCGAAAGUGGAACAACGUGGGCGCUCUGCUUAUGUCACUUGAACGCGCUUGCGUUGACGAGGUCAAUCACUUCAUCAGUGAACAUUCUGGAGAACUAAAUCAGGAAUUGGAUGAACUAAUGAAGGACUGCGUUGAAGCUGAAGUCAAGUUCUAUCGCUAAAAAUCACUGUAACGAAAUCAGGCAGUAACCGUUCUAAGAAGCAGUAAAUCGCACUACAGUAGCGAGGAAAGCGCUAUCUAAUAGCACAAUAAUCUUGUAUUUUACUACAUUCCUUAUUACGAAAAAUGAUACUUGCUUAAGGUUUGAUUUCCACAAUACCAAAUUUAUAGAAACGAAAGUUGAUAAACGAGGGCCACAAUCGUAAAUGCAGGCUAGUUUAAGGAAAAGAAAAGUAUAUACCAUAUAGGCGGGAAAAUGCCAAUAGCUUACAUAAAACGUGAAUACCAUGAAUUAAUAAUUCGAAGACUAUAUUUCAGUAAUUUGUUAUAUGUAGUGCAUUUCAUUAGCGUGCUUUAAGCUAUGUUCAAUUUGUUUACUGUGUUUAAAUGUGUAUCUGUUAGUAUGCGAAAUCCUAACGAGUAUUUACCAAAUAAUAAUAAGUUUCAUUACUCGUAAAACUAUGAUUUCUAAAGUGUGAGAUCUCAUUUUAUUCAUUUCUAUUUAUUGAAACCUUACAGCUAUUUUCGAACUUUUUACAUUCGACUAGCCUGUCGCAUCGUUUUGUAUUAGUAAUUUACAUAAUAUUACAAGUAUUCAACAAACACAUAUUACAGCCGUAUCAAACAUUCAAAUGUAUCCAUUUUUCUCUAUCGCAAAAGUUGGAACUAGAAACAAUAAAUACUCUAUCGAUGCAUGCGAAACCAAUAA